AUGGCCGCAGUGAGAGUGAGCUCCCGUCCCUCCUUCCUCGUCUUGUCCUCAUGCCUCUACUACUGCUUCUUGAUGCCGGCCAUCCAUUUCCGUCGCGCUAGCUCGCUCUCCUUCAACUUUACCUUCACCCCACCCCAAAGCCCUGACAUCCCUCGUCUGAUAAACUGCACCGGCGAUGCGACCAUCGAUGGCGAAUCGCUUUGGCUGACAAGAAGCAGAUACAACCAAGAAACCACAAGCAGCGCCGGCUGGGCGCAAUACGUGGAAGCAGUGCCGCUAUGGGACAGAGCUAGUGGCGAGAUGGCCAGCUUCACCACCACCUUCCACUUCAACAUAACGCCGGUUGGCAGUAGUUCGGGCGGCGACGGGCUGGCUUUCUUCCUCGCGCCUCCCGAGUCCGGUGUCGUCCCCGCCAAGAACAGCGGGGCCGCCUUGGGCCUCCUCCCCAACUCUCCCAAGUACAACAAUAUCACCAAGUUGCUAGUCGCUGAUCUCAACAUCAACAACACAUGGUACAACGUCAACAAAACUAUCGAUCUGAGCAAAUACCUGCCAGAGAAUGUCGCCGUGGGCUUCUCAGCGGCGACUGGCAGCUACUCCGAGCUGCACAAGAUACUGUCAUGGUCAUUCACAUCCACCCUGCAGGAGGAACCACCAGCACCGGCGCCGCCGCCGCCUCUGACACCUGACAGCAUCCAGAAUCCCAAGAAGAGAUCUGUAGGAAACCUGAUAAUCGCCGUGGCCGUGCUAGUGCCUCUGCUAUUUCUCUUGGCAUGUGCAGCCGUGCUGGCCUUUCUUUGGGUGUGGGGUCUGUACGGCCGGAACGCGAUCCUCGACGCGGCGGACGAGCGGCUGAGGGCCGGUGAUGAGGUCGACGACAGGUGCAUGGAGAGGGUGCUCGUCGUCGGGCUCUGGUGCGCGCACCCUGACCAGAGCGAGCGGCCGUCCAUCGAGCAGGCCAUGCACGUCCUACAAUCAGAAGACGCCAGGCUUCCGGCGCUCACGCCGCAGAUGUACAGGACGGUGUCGGAGUUUGCCGUCACUGGACGUGCUGUCGGCGCAUUGUCCGUUCAGAGCUCCUCUUCCACUGCCACCGGCGGCCACUCCAAGGUCUCUUCCGAGUCAGCGUCCUCGGCCUUCCUCCAGGAUUCAAAAGAGUUAGCUUGA